AUGUCAAGUAUUAUAUGCUCAGUUAGGGGCUGCCAUAACAAUUGGAUUAAGAGAAGAGAACAAUUGCACCAACGAUGUUACGAACACAAUGUGAAGCGGUCGGAGUGUUGUGGUGCACUUUACAAUUUACACCCGCCACCUAAAGAAGAGGAGCACCUGAGGCAAUGGCUGAAGGCGCUAAAUUUGAAGCGCCCACCCAAGCGCCCUUAUGUGUGUUCGUACCAUUUCAUGGACGGGAAGCCGACUGACGAACACCCUUACCCCGAGAAAUGGCUCGGCUACGAUGUUCCGGUAAAGAAGUCACGCCAGGUGCUGAAAAGGUUGUCAGAUUCAGAUGUGUCGAUGACCGCCAGUGAUGCAGUGGACAACUGUGAGGGUGAUCACAUCCACAUGCCCCUGAACUGUGAUGCAGAAACACAAUGCCAUCUGUCAUCUGUCUCUGACCACAACUACAGUUCAAAAUCACAUCUCAACCUGAAGCCACCUACAUGGGAACACAACCUUUGUCAGCUAUACACAGGGUUGACAUUGGAUGCAUUUCAUUCAGUUGCCGAGCACCUUACCAGGUCCAGUACAUACACCAACAGCUUCCAGCUACACACUUGGGAUCAGCUCCUGAUGACUCUGACGAAGCUGCGUCUUAAUUUAUUGCAGGGUGAUCUUGCUCUUAUUCUGUCGAUUAAAGUAAUUGCUGCUGAAAAAUCGGACACAAAACAAGUUGUGCUUGUGAAGUUCCUCAAGGGCAGCAUUGAGCCCAGCACAAAGUGCGGUACAAAAGGUCUGCUGUGUCUGCAGAUACACGGAUCAUCAGCCUCUGGAAGGUCGAGGAAAGGUCGCUUUUACCUUUGA